CAAUGGUUAUAGUAAUGAGCGGACGGGAGAACAACUGUAGCGCUUUCCGUCAACUACUCCAACCUGUUGAGAAACAUGAUGGAGUGUGGGCUUGGAUAGUUUGUUUUGCCAGCUUUGGGCUCUUCUUCUGCGGAGGUGGAGUCAUGUUUACGUUCGGAGUGCUUUACGUCGGUCUCUUGAACUACUUUGCUAAUGACUCGAAUGCAGAUCUUGACGUAGCGCUCAACUUCAGCAACAAUCUCUCAACACGUGCACCGGUACCUAGUGCCCUCAGUGGAGAGCUGGCUUGGGUAGGAUCAGUAAGUCUAAUGGUGAGUGGUGUAUUUGCACCGUUGGCUAGCACUCUCAUGGUCAAGAUUGGAGUUAGACCAAUGAUAUUCAUUUCGGCCAUACUACUGACAGCUGGGCAAUUAUUGACAUCGACUACGACAAAAAUAUGGCAUCCAUUUCUAACAUACACCAUUCUCAGUGGCACCAGUAUCGCUAUUGUUUAUGCCGUCUGUUGGGGUGUGCUGCCUCUUUACUUCCAAAAGAAACGAUCACUAGCCUGUGGAGUCACCAACUGUGGAAAAUACCUUGGAAUGGCAGUAGUGGGUCCAAUGAGUCGUAUGGCCAUGAAAGACUAUGGAUGGAGAACAAGUCUUCAAUUGUUCAGCAUUCUAGGAUUAGUUAUGAUCAUUUGUGGAGUGAUCUACCGACCUCCAAUGGUGACAUCAAAGACAAACAACCAACGAGAAAAAUUACGAAUUGCAGAGAUACUUUUGAAAUCUUUAAAGCUCCAUAGAAACCUUCUGUUUACAUUCUGGGCAAUAGUGAUAGUUCUAAUUUACAGUGCCUUUUUUGUUCCAACAUAUCACAUUGUACGUCAUACUGAAAAAAAUUUGAAACAUGGUCCGGAAAAGUCUGGUACAUUGCUUACAGUGUUGGCCGUGUCUGCUGCUGGAAGUACAGUAACAGUUGGUCUAAUAGCUGACCACCUCACUAUACAAUACAAGGUCUUGUUGCUACAAUUGUUAUUGCUGCUUGGUGGAAUAUCUACUAUGCUACUUCCUUUCUACCACACAUUCGCACUUGCAGCAGUUUAUAUGGCAGCAUAUGGGGUGGCAAUGGGAUUCACAACCCUCAUAUCAGUGAUUACAGUAGCUAUAGUAGGUGAAGAACAAAGCAUGCUUGCCAUCGGUAUGAUCACUCUAUAUACAAGCUCAUCAAUCAUUGGCCCACCAAUUGCAGGCUGGAUGUAUGACAGUAGUGGCAACUACAACGAUGGCUUCCUUGUAUUUGGACUUGUACUCGUGAUAGCUGCUCUCCUUCUUAGUCUAUAUAAAGUAGUCAGAAGAAUGCAGGUGAUAUCGACAAAGCAAGGGAAAAGCACACUGUCUGUCAUACAACGUCUCGAGAAACAUAACUACCUUGAUGCUACCACUAUAGUAAUAUCCAAAGAAACAAGUGUAUAAGAGAUGACUAAAUCCAUCCUUAAUAGUUUUUCCGUGUUCAUGGCUGCAUGUAUGUCAUUUGCACCAGAUCUCCCAUGUGUGAUUGAUGCAAAUUAUAAUGUCUGAGACUGUAUGUAUUCAACAUGUACAUGAAGAAUCUAAAAAUGUUUACAAGUCUUGACAGAUACGUGUUAUGUAGCAGAUGCUAUAAUUAAUCAAGAAA